AUGGGAGACUCUUUUACAGGUCUGUGUCUUAGCCAAAGGGACAAGCCAGAAAAUGGAACACUCCCCAAGCCCAGCCUCAGUGCGUGGCCCAGCUCAGUGGUCCCUCCCAAGAGCAGAGUGACCCUCAGAUGCUGGUCUCCAACCAAGAACGUCAAAUUUGCUUUCAAAAAGGGAGGAACUUACGAAGGCAACCCAGCGCCCUUACAGCACCAGAAUCCAGCAGAGUCCACAGCUGAGUUCUCCCUGCUGAUGGUGACAGUCAAUGACACUGGGAUCUACACCUGUGUCUACCACCAGCACGAGGCCCCUUUCUGGGCCUCAACCCUCAGCAACACCCUCGAGAUUCUGGUGACAGCACCGCAGUUCAGAGGCAUUGACUCUUCUCGGAUCUUGCCUGUGUACUAG